AUGAGUUUGAGUCUUUUGGAGGAUGUUGAGAAUUAUGUGGAACAAAGUCUGAAGACAGGCAGGCCUCAACAAGUCCUGGAAUCUAAAAAACAGAUGAUGGAGCGUAUGAGUGAAGUUACUGCAGGGAUCAAUAAUAUAGAGCUACAACCAAAGGAAGAGGCUGACUUCAUAUUGAUUGCUGUAACUGAUGAUGAUCAUAUUAUAGUAACUGAGUGUGAUGGUCACUGUGUAACAAUACUGGAUAGAGAAGGAAAAAUUGUUAAAGCAUUAGGAAGAGAAGGAGGAAGUGGCAAGGUCAAGUUCUCUUUUCCAUGUGGUGUAGCCAUUACUCCAGACAAUUUCAUUCUCGUAUCUGAUGGUAAUCACAAGAUCCAGAAGAUAAGCAUGGAUGGAUGUCUUAUAGCAUCAGUUGGUGGUGAGGAGGGCAGUGAGCCACUACAAUUCUGUGAUCCCUAUGGUAUAGCCAUUUCUCCUAUAACAGGACAGGUUUACAUUGCAGACAAAUUUAAUCAUCGAUCAGCUAAUGGACAGUUUCUUUUUCCACGUGACAUUGCUAUUGACAGUCAAGGAUUAGUGUAUGUUACUGAUAGGGAGAAUCAUCGCAUUCAGAAGUUCUCUCCAGAUGGAACGUUUGUGGCUCAGUUUGGUACUGAAGGAUCUGGUCCAGGCCAGUUUUAUGGCAUAACAAUAGACACUGCAUCUACUGAUAGUUUAUUCUUCACUAGUGAUGGUGUGUUUGUUAAAAAGUUUGGAAGUGAAGGCAAUAAUAUUGAUCAGUUUAAUGAUCCUUGUAGUUUAGCAUUUGAUAAAGAUGGAUUCUUGUAUGUUUGUGAUUUUAGUAACAACCGACUUGUUGUUUAUUAA